AUGAAUGCUCAAAAUCAUUCAAACAAAUCACUCCGACAGUCUCGUCCUACAUUAAAAAUAACCAGUAAAAAGGACAGUGAUGAGAUAAGUCUGAAUGAAGCCUUAAAGUUUCACCCAAGACAAAUACUAAAGCUUCUGGAGAUUGGAGGAACACUGGAAAAUAAUGUGUAUCCUAUAAAAAGAAACCUCCCGUCGAAUCAAAGAAAUGAACCAAAUCUAAGAUAUUAA